AUGAAUGCUCCUGGAACUAAAUCUGCGAUUCCUUCGAAGUUCGAGAUGAAACCAGACAAUUUACCUUCCUCUAACGGUGUCUAUAUUGACGAAGCCGACAACGAAAUUGUCUUUGACCUUGAACCGAGUCGCUAUCCAUUCAAGAUCCAACUAGAAGAACAAUUGCCAAAACGCAUGAUCGAGCAAUUCCGACAUAUCAUCAGUGACAAGCCGAUUAAUCCCGAAUUCCAGAAAUACUGGGAUAAACGACACCGUCUCGUCUUCCCCCCUAUUCGUUCAAGUAGCGAUACCCACCUAUUACUGCUCGACUUUUGGACACUCGCCACCCGUUACCUCAAAUACAUCCAGCCAAAGCAUGAGUAUCAACCUGGAAUCAACAUUCUUACUCAAGAUAGGCGUGUAUUAACGGAUGUCUAUGUACGCAUGGGUUCCAAAAUUGUAAUUGUGGCAGACGCCAUAGACCCAGCCCUCGAUGACAUCUAUGCCGCAGACCUAGUCAGUCUGGCAGCGGGAAAGCAAUCGUCGAGCUUUGAGGGAGAUAUACCUGAGGUAAUUCAUGGACACGAAGCUAUUCUCUCAAAGUUAUGCUAUGCGAUUAUGGACGAAUGCGAAGAAAAACCUCGUUGGGCCAUGAUAUAUGGUGGGAAUAAUUAUGUCAUUUACCUCGUGCUUCCUGUCUUGGUGGGUAGUACAAGACGAUGCGUAUUGGUUUCUUCUGGCGCCCUCUCUAUCGAUGACACAGAAACUCCCUUCGUUUCUAUCAUGAUGUAUAUGUUGCUUUCCUCGGAUAUGUCUCAUGAGAGCAUCGCCAAAACCCUAGGUAUCGAACCCAUCGCGGGUGUUCUAAUUACCGCGUCGAAUCAGAUAGGCGAACUAAACGGGAAUGCAUCAGAGCCAGCUCCUGUCGAUUUUAUAUACAUCAGUAGCACCCUCGAUCCUUCUGCGCAACUGCCUUUCACUCGUUUACCUAGUGAUCUCAAACCCACUGAGGAUAGUCAUUAUGGCAACGAAGAUUCCCUCAAUAUCCUACUGCAAUAUCGCAUAGCAGGGCUUGCAAGUAUUGUUUAUCAAGCGAACGGAAUUCUUGCAAAGACACCCCUUCCAUCAUUCGAGAGUGAAUUCGAGGAUGAGGUCGAUACAUAUCGGCAUUUGAUGCGGACGAAAGCAUCCCAAUUUAUUCCAACAUUUUAUGGCUGUUUCAAAUACCGAAACGCAAAGAUCAUGAUCUUAUCCGAUGACGGAACAUCCUUACAAAGCUUUGACGGACUCUCCGAGCAACUAAGGUACGGACUGUACCUCAAUACGAUAUUUUAUAGCUUAGGUGAAUCUAGACAGGAAAUAUUCAACAUGUUGUGGGAUAUCCAUGAAGCACAUGUAGAUAUCCCGGGGUUCGGUCCCAAUAGUGUGGUGAUCGGGGGUAAUGGACCCACCAUUAUCUUGAUAGGUGCAAGCAUGAACCACGUUUGCCCCGGAACCCUGAAAUGUGAUAUGCUUCAAAAUGCUCGACCCAAUCUCGGUAUUAUCGACACCAACAAGGCCAUAUCGCACAAAAUGAAGUGGAUACAAGAUACCAUCCGUCAAAUUUUAGGACAUAAAGUUGAGAUAUCUGAGCAGGAGUAUUUCCUUCCCGAAGUCUCGGGCAAAGCAGGACACGCCUCAGCAAUACCUAGAAGGUUCGAAAUGGAGCCAGAGAACUCAUCUCGCUCCAAUGGAAUCUAUGUCAACGAAGACGAUGAAGAACAUGUGUACUAUCUUGAACCGUUUCGAUACCCUUACACGAUUCAGUUCGAGGAAGAUUUGCCGAAACGCAUGAUCGAGCAGCUUCAACGUGUCCUCAGAGACGAUCCAAUUGAUCCUAUAUUCCGCGAAUACUGGGACGCACGACACACGCUCGUCUCUCCUCCUAUCCGGUCCAUAAGCGAUGUAACUCUCUUUUUGUUCGAUUUCUGGAACCUUUCAAUCCGAUAUCUUCGUCACAUCCAGCCAGAAAUCGUACCUUGGGUUGAAUUUGGUGCUAUCACCCAAGAUAGACGUAUCCGAACAGACCUCUAUGUAAAGACACGUUCUAAAACUAUC